ACACCCACCUGGCCUUUUCUUCAUUUGCUUGCUUCCUUCCUUUCCCAAAUACUCACCAUCAAACAGAGCCCACACGUUUCUCUUCUUCUCCCUUCGUUUCCCUCUCUAUUUCCCUUUUCCUUCCUUUAUCGGCCCUGCUCCUCUUAAACCCCCUUGUCCUCUUCUCUAUAAUCUGCUGCCUUCCUCUUAAUUCUUUUUCUUUGAAAAUCUUUUCUGGGUCUAGGAGCUUCUACAGGCUACAAAGAUUUCAAUGCAGGGUGUUGGUGGAGUGGUGUCUGGAGGAGGAGGAGGGUCUAUUACUAGUGGUGUGUCGAUGUCCACGGUGUCAAAGGAUGACAACCUGGUCUUGUCGUCUGAGGAUUCUUCUUCUUGCCUGGAAGAGUCUGAGCUUGAGCUGGGUCUUGGGUUGAGUCUUGGUGGUGGUUCUUGUAAGGCCCAACAAGGUCCAAGGGGUGGUCAAUAUGCUCGGUUUUUGACGGCCAAGGAUUUUCCUUACGUGGUUUCUUCGUCUUCAGCUUCUUCAGCUUCAUCCUCAUCGUCAUCCUCUUCUUUGAGCAGAGCUAAUGUUUCAUCUGGGACCAAGAGAAGUGCUGAUUCUGUUGCUGCUGCUAAUGGUGCCACGUUUCAGGUUGUGGGAUGGCCUCCUGUAAGAGCAUAUAGAAUGAAUAGCAUGGUCAGCCAAACAAAAUUACCAGUCACUGAAGUAUUCAACUCACUUGUUGGGAAAAGUAGAAACAGUAAUACUACAGUUGGAAAAGAAGCUAAAAAUGGCUGUAACAAGAGCAAUGUUAAUGCUAAAGUGAAGGGACACUCAAGAAGCUCUCUGUUUGUGAAGGUGAAUAUGGAUGGAACUCCUAUUGGAAGGAAGGUUGAUCUGAGCGCACACAGUUGCUAUGGAACCUUGACACAAAAACUGGAGGAUAUGUUUCAGACAUCAUCUACAAUGAUGAAUUCAAUACGAUCAAGAGGAGAGGAACAUGACAUGAUGGUAGAAGCAACAAGACCAUCAAGAUUGCUGGAUGGAUCUUCUGAAUUUGUGCUCACAUACGAAGACAGAGAGGGUGACUGGAUGCUUGUUGGAGAUGUUCCUUGGGGGAUGUUCAUUACCUCCGUGAGGAGGCUAAGAAUUAUGAGGACAUCUGAAGCUAAUGGACUUGCUCCAAGGUCAGAGGAAACGAAUGGGAGGCAAAGAACCAAGCCCAUCUAGACCUGGUUUUGGAAACUUCAGCAACAAGCGAGAUUUGGCUUGAAACUCGAAAGUGAUAUAACAAAAGAGAGAGGAUACUGCGUAGUAAAAGCGUUUUGAAAAGUAAUGGUUGAUCCACGGCUCCUGUUUGUUUUGGUUUUCUCUUUAUCAAAUAUGUAUAUACAUAAUUUUUUUAUUCAAUAUUUUACCAUUAUAUAUACGCAUGCACAGUUCAGUAAAAUAUUGCUUGUUUGUGCUGUCAAUGUGAGUGUUUCAAUGCUUUUGUUC